AUGUGGGGGCCCCCCGAGAGCAGAGAGGAGGCGGCAGCAGGGGGGGCCCCCGCUAUAAGCAUAAACAUAAACAUAUACGCAGCAGCAGCAGCAGCAGCAGCGGCAGAAGCAGGAGCAGCAGCAGCAGCAGUAACAUUAGUAGUAGCAGCAGCAGCAGCAGCGGCAGGGGACGUAGCCGUGAAUACAGCAAAAGGCGGACGCAUGCAUACAGCCGCAGCAGACCAACCAGCAGCAGCAACAGCAGCAGCAACAGCAGCAGCAGCAGCAGCAGCAUGA